AUGAACCCCGGUACUUCGAUGUUUUGGGCGAGCCCGCCCCAGGAUCACACCAAUCCCACUGAAGCCUUCCCAGAGCGCGGACCCGAUGGCAAGAUCCUGGUUAUUCCUCGCCUUGAGCAGGACUAUCCCCAGGCCGCGAAGUACUGGACUAAACGAAAAUUCGAAGACUUCAGGAGAGCCGAAGAUGUCACCGUGCCAGGCGCCACCAAGGGCAGCAAAGGCCCUGCGCGUCUGAAAUUCUCGAACGAGAAUGUUAUGAUGCAGUUUGUUAUCGACGUGCAUGGCAACGUAAUCGAUGGCGACCGGGCAUCCGCUAUCCGUGCGGAAAUGCGCGCUUGGAUACGAGGCCGUCAGGACCUCCCGGAGACAUGGAAGGGAGGCGCCUCUGUCGAGAUGAAAGCUGCACUCUACAAGCACAUGUACGAGUGCUUUCCGGAGCUCCAACUGGGCGACUUCGACUGGAAGGUCGAACAAAUUGCUAUUGACGUUUACGCACAGAUCGCCGUCGGCCUGCGCCGCAAAAAAAAGUCGCUCAAAAAAAAGGCUAGCAAGACAAGCAAAAAACGCGCAAAUCACAUUCCCCGGGAUAGCGCGAUGGAAAUGGACCUGGACGAAGCACCUUACCGGAUGCGUGCUCAGUCAGAAGACCAUCACGGUCCUGCUCCUGAUAUCAUCACAGAGGUGAACAUUUCUGGUGGGUCCGCUCUUCAAGCGAUUGCUGGUGCGCAAGAGCCCAGUCCACUUGCGGUUCCGGACAGUCCCCUCUUUGCAUCUCAAGAUGCGUCUCCUUCCUUAGAAGCAUCCACCGCAAACCCUGUAGCGUCCGGCGGAAUGCCGGCUCCUGUCUCCCACAACUCUCAGCAGGGCAGCUCGAUCGUCUCCGCGACCACGCUCGCCGACGUCUGCGCAACGCUGAAUGCGGCUCGCACGGACGACCACUCUGGUCUCGAGAUCGUUGCGAGCGAUGGGCGUAGCAACACGUCGGAGUCUGCGCCCCGCAGCCGCGCCCACUCCACCCAUGCUGACAAUGUUCCCCAGUCGGCCCAGAUCCCCUUAAUAAUCCCAGACCCCCUCGCUGAUUUGUGGGCCACGUCGGAAACCGGGCCCAACGGCAACGCUGCCUCGCCCCCUCCAUCACCACCACCCACGGCAGGGCCUUCGACGGCCGUCGGCACCACCUCCACAAAGGCAUCAAAAAACGAUGCCCGAGUGCGUGUCUGGCCCCCUACACCUUCGAAAAUGAAGCCAAAAGACCUAUGCGCAAGAAUCUGGAGUGCCCGGAACCCUGAGGGCACCGAGGCGGAAUUUGACGCGUUUUACAAGGAGAAAAUUCCUACUCAAAACAUGCGACAUAGAUAUAUCCGCCUGGACGGUGAAUUGGAAGCCGCACCGAGCAAGAAGGGAGCCCCGAAAACUGGGAACAUCUAA